UUUAAUAAAACUGGAGGACGAUUGAAGCAAAGAUUUGAAGUGAAGUGGCUCAUCAGAGAACUAUCCUGCGUUAUGUUCAGAUAAUUUGCCAAUUAAUGGUAGUGUUAGUGACGUACCUCAGCUCAUCGAGUUUCGAUGCUAUGCCAGCUUAACAAGUAUUAGGUCACGGCCUAGACUAUCGGGCUCUGAGCUCUGCUUGGUUCAUCGAUCAAGUAAGUACACCGCCAAUCAUCUUUUAUGGGUAUCUUCGGCUCCAUAGACACUCUGUGCAUGAAUCAUUUGCCUUCCAAUUUGUUAACUUGUACGUAUAUGAUUCUUAUCGAUUGUGACCCCCAAGAAACUGAGGAUCUACAUAGAAUGUAGUCUCAUGGGUCUCGACGUAUGCAUGCUUUCCAGAUAUGGUAGGUGAUACCGGUAGCUUUUAGCCGCCCCCCGGGAGAAAAAAAAGGUAUGAAUACUUUGAGUGAAUCCCUAAUUCACCAUCGAGUCUAUCCCUCUCUCUUUCAGUUGUCCUUCUUCUACAUCUGCGGGCUCGAGUCUCUCCAGGUCCUCGAUAUUCAUCAUGAAGUGGUCAAUUGUAUCCGCGGUCUCUUUGCUGGUUGCAACUGCAGCUGCUGAACAUCCUUUUCGUAAGCUGAGAAAGUUGGUUCCACCAGUUGAAGCAGAUGACGAAUUCCCUGUAUCUACCAAAGCAGCUGCAAACACUACAGGUUCUGCAUUUUUCACCCAAUUUUUGGAUCAUGACAAUCCUUCCAAAGGAACUUUCCAACAGAAGUUUUGGUGGAAUGCCGAGAACUGGGCCGGUCCAGGAUCGCCAGUAAGGGCACCCACGACCUCCUGCCAUUGAACUCUUGCUGAUGUUUUUAGAUCGUUUUCUUCACUCCGGGUGAAAUUGCUGCUGCGAAUUACGGUGGAUACUUGACCAAUGUCACAAUUACAGGACUCUUUGCACAGGAAGUCAAGGGCGCCGUUGUCAUGGUUGAGCGUAUGUAACUUCACUGUUUCGAAGUGGAAGAUGUGCUAAUAUUCUGCAGAUCGAUACUGGGGUGAAUCGUCUCCAUAUGACAAUUUGACAACGACGAACUUACAAUACCUCACUCUCAAGCAAGCUAUUGCUGAUUUCGUUCACAUUGCAAAGACAGUUGAUCUUCCAUUUGACACCAACCACAGCAGUAAUGCAGCUACUGCACCUUGGAUCCUCUCAGGUGGUAGCUACAGUGGUGCACUCGCUGCAUGGACUGAAUCUACAAGCCCUGGUACAUUCUGGGCAUACCAUGCAUCUAGUGCUCCAGUGCAAGCUAUCAAUGAUUAUUGGCAAUACUUUUACCCCGUCCAAGAUGGCAUGGCAAAGAACUGCAGCAAAGACGUUUCUUUAGUCAUCGACUACAUGGACAAUGUUUUGACCCAUGGAAACAAAAGUGCAGUGACUGCACUCAAGACCAAGUUUGGUUUGGAAUCUGCCAAGCAUAAUGAUGACUUUAUGGCAGUACUUGAGAACGGUCCCUGGUUAUGGCAAUCAAAUAGUUUCACCACAGGCUAUUCAGAAUUCUUCCAGUUCUGUGAUGCAAUUGAGGUGGGUGUAUCCAUUUCUAAUGCGGCUAAUCGUGUUCUAAUCCAAUAACAGAAUGUUACCGCCGGAGCUGCUGUCACCCCAGAUGAGAAUGGCGUCGGUCUAACUACCGCAUUGGAAGGUUUUGCAAAAUGGACCAAGAGUUACAUACCCGGCUGUAAGCACCUGAUUGACACUCAGAAUAUCAGGUUACUGAUUAAAGAUGAACAGACUGUGGAGAUUACUACGACGGCGAUGAUUUAUCCUGCAUCGAUACAUAUGAUUUCAACAACCUUAUGUUCAGAGAUUAUACUGUCGGAAAUGCGGUUGAUAGACAGUGGAGCUGGAUGCUUUGCAAUGAGCCAUUUGGCUAUUGGCAAGAGUAUGUAUUGCAUAAAUUAACAUUGUACUGCCUGUACUAAUCGUUUUGACAGUGGAGCACCAAGUAACAAACCCACACUCGUUUCUCGUCUCAUCAACGCGAAUUAUUGGCAACGACAAUGCGCCUUAUUAUUCCCAACUGAGGGCAAAUACACAUACGGCAGCGCCAAAGGUGCAACUGUGAAACAGGUCAACCAGUUCACUCAAGGAUGGAAUCUUGAGAACACCACUCGACUUAUCUGGACAAACGGGUAUGUAGUCCGAUCCAACUUGCUGGUAAUCUGCUGACACGCUUGUAGUCAAUAUGACCCAUGGAGAACAUCCGGUGUCAGCUCUCAAUUUAGACCUGGUGGCGAGUUGCAAUCUACUGCGCAACAUCCGCUACAAAUCAUUCCUGGCGGAUUCCAUUGUUCGGAUCUCAGACUGAGCAAUGGAAAAGCCAACGCAGGUGUCCAAAAAGUAAUUGAUAACGAAGUGGCACAAAUAGUAGCAUGGACAGCGGAGUAUUACAAUAAAACUUCGAGUUACCAUUCAUACUGAGGAUAUAGAUGAAGAUAUUAGUAUGGUUGUAAUAUCUGCACGUAGGUAGACACACGAGAAAUCUACUCGAAUGAAUAAUGAGAAAUGAAUACGUUUCGUUUUAGACCUUGAAAGUUUCCAACUUUACAGCUUGUGUGAAGGAAAUACGGAUUUCUAAUCCUUAGAUGUGAUAUGAGACUAAGGGGGUGCUUUUAAAUAGUUCUCCGGAUAUCAGAUAUAUUAAUGGAAUA